GCCGAGCCGAGCGGGCGUCGGUCCCCGGAGCGGCAAUGCGCGGCGGUCGGAGGCUGUGACCUGAGCGCGGCGGCGCGGUCGAGACCUCUGCAUGGCGGCCCGUUGAGGCGGCGGCGGCGGCGGCAGCUCCUCCGGGCGCGGCGUGGCAGCGGCCGGGGUGAUGCUGCUUAAGCUCUUACAGAGACAGACCUAUACCUGCCUGUCCCACAGGUAUGGGCUCUACGUCUGUUUCGUGGGCGUCGUUGUCACCAUCGUCUCCGCCUUUCAGUUUGGAGAGGUGGUUCUGGAAUGGAGCCGAGACCAAUAUCAUGUUUUAUUUGAUUCCUAUAGAGACAAUGUUGCUGGGAAGUCCUUUCAGAAUCGGCUCUGCCUGCCCAUGCCGAUCGACGUGGUUUACACCUGGGUGAAUGGCACAGAUCUUGAACUUCUGAAGGAACUACAGCAGGUCAGAGAACAAAUGGAGGAGGAGCAGAAAGCAAUGAGAGAAAUCCUUGGGAAGAAUACAACGGAACCAACUAAGAAGAGUGAGAAGCUGGAAUGUUUGCUGACACACUGCAUUAAGGUGCCAAUGCUUAUCCUGGACCCAGCCCUGCCGGCCAACAUCACCCUGAAAGACCUGCCAUCUCAUUAUCCUUCUUUUCAUUCUGCUAGUGACAUAUUCAAUGUUGCAAAACCAAAAAACCCUUCUACUAAUGUCUCAGUUAUUGUUUUCGACAGUACUAUGGAAGUGGAAGGUGCCCAUGCUGCACUGUUUAGAGGAAACAGCAAACAGACAGUUUGGAGGGGCUACUUGACCACAGAUAAGGAAGUCCCUGGGCUAGUGCUAAUGCAAGACUUGGCUUUCCUGAGUGGAUUUCCACUGACCUUCAAGGAAACAAAUCAACUAAGAACAAAACUGCCAGAAAAUCUUUCUUCUAAAAUCAAACUGUCUAAGCAGGAUGAAGACAUUUCUGCCAGUCGUUUUGAAGAUAAUGAAGAGCUGAGAUACUCACUGAGAUCUAUUGAGAGGCAUGCACCCUGGGUUCGGAAUAUUUUCAUUGUCACCAAUGGGCAGAUUCCAUCCUGGCUGAACCUUGACAAUCCUCGAGUAACAAUAGUAACGCACCAGGAUGUUUUUCGAAAUUUGAGCCACUUGCCUACCUUUAGUUCACCUGCAAUUGAAAGUCACAUUCAUCGCAUUGAAGGGCUGUCCCAGAAGUUUAUUUACCUAAAUGAUGAUGUCAUGUUUGGGAAGGAUGUCUGGCCAGAUGAUUUUUAUAGUCACUCCAAAGGUCAGAAGGUUUAUUUGACAUGGCCUGUGCCAAACUGUGCCGAGGGCUGCCCGGGUUCCUGGAUUAAAGACGGCUAUUGUGACAAGGCUUGUAAUAAUUCAGCCUGUGAUUGGGAUGGUGGUGAUUGCACCGGCAACACUGGAGGAAGCCGCUAUAUCCCAGGAGGCGGGGGCACUGGAAGUAUUGGAGUCGGACAGCCCUGGAACUUUGGUGGAGGAGUAAAUGGUGUCUCUUACUGUAAUCAAGGAUGUGCAAAUUCUUGGCUCGCUGAUAAGUUCUGUGACCAAGCCUGCAAUGUCUUGGCCUGUGGGUUUGAUGCUGGCGACUGUGGGCAAGAUCAUUUUCAUGAAUUAUAUAAAGUAACUCUUCUUCCAAACCAGACUCACUAUAUUAUUCCAAAAGGUGAAUGCCUGCCUUAUUUCAGCUUUGCAGAAAUAGCCAAAAGAGGAAUUGAAGGUGCCUACAGUGACAAUCCAAUCAUUCGACACGCUUCUAUUGCCAAUAAGUGGAAAACCAUUCACCUCAUUAUGCACAGUGGAAUGAAUGCAACCACGAUACACUUCAAUCUCACACUUCAAAACAGAAAUGACGAAGAGUUCAAACUCCAGAUAACAGUAGAGGUAGAUACAAGGGAGGGAGCAAAGCCGAAUUCUACGAUCCAGAAGGCUCAUGAAAAUUUAGCUAACUCCGUAACGCUUCUUCCAGAGGCAGAAGCCGUGUUUGAGGAGGUUCCUGAAGGAAAACGUUUCCCAAAGGUCAGGAGACAUGAUGUUAGCACAAAUAGAUUUCCAGAGGAAGUGAAAAUUCCUGUGGUAAAUACUUCACUCCUUCCAAAAGAGGUCCAGUUGAGUCUGAAUAACUUGGAUUUGCAACUGGAACGUGGAGACAUCACCUUGAAGGGAUACAAUUUGUCCAAGUCAGCCUUGCUGAGAUCAUUUUUGCUGAACUUACAGGAUGCUAAUGUAAAAAUAAAUCAAGGUAUAUUAACAGACAAAAUAAAAAACAGUUUGGUGGCCCUACCAGAAAAACAGGUUCACAAAAGCAGCUUGCCAGACAGCUUAGGAGCAUCUGACAGAAUACAGAAGUCAUCUUUUCCAACAGUGACCCUAAAAGUGAAUGGUCACUACCAGAGUCAGAAUCCACUCCCAGACUUGGAGGCCAAAGCAAGAGUUAUAUCGGAAAGUAAGACCCAAAAAGUAGUAGGUGGAUUAAAAGAAAAACUGUCACCUCCGAUUGUUCCGCUAGAAAACCAUGUGAAAAAAGAAACAAUCACAGGGAAAGAAGAAAAGAAAAACAGAAUGGAGGAAAAUGCUAAAAAUCACAAAAGUGUUAAUCAAGUAUUACUUGGAAGAAAGCUGCAGCAUUACACAGGAACUUACCUGGGCUUCUUGCCUUGGGAGAAAAAGAAGUAUUUCCAAGAUCUUCUUGAUGAAGAAGAGUCGUUGAAGAAACAACUGGCAUAUUUUACUGAGAGCAAACAUACUGGGCGGCAACUGAAAGAUACUUUUGCAGAUUCCCUGCGAUAUGUAAAUAAAAUUCUAAAUAGCAAGUUUGGGUUCACAUCUCGGAAAGUCCCUGCUCACAUGCCUCACAUGAUUGACCGAGUUGUUAUGCAGGAACUCCAAGAUAUGUUCCCUGAAGAAUUUGAUAAGACGUCAUUUCACAAAGUGCGACAUUCUGAAGAUAUGCAGUUUGCCUUCUCUUAUUUUUACUAUCUCAUGAGUGCAGUUCAGCCACUGAAUGUGUCUCAAGUCUUUGAUGAAGUUGAUACAGACCAGUCUGGUGUCUUGUCUGACAGAGAAAUACGAACUCUGGCUACCAGAAUUCAUGAGCUGCCUUUAAGUUUGCAGGAUUUGACAGGUCUGGAACAUAUGUUAAUAAAUUGCUCAAAAAUGCUUCCUGCCAAUAUCACUCAGCUAAACAAUAUUCCACCGACUCAGGAAGCUUACUAUGACCCCAAUCUGCCACCAGUCACUAAAAGUCUAGUAACCAACUGUAAACCAGUAACUGACAAAAUCCACAAAGCAUACAAGGACAAAAACAAAUAUAGGUUUGAAAUUAUGGGAGAAGAAGAAAUUGCUUUUAAAAUGAUUCGUACCAAUGUUUCUCAUGUUGUUGGUCAAUUGGAUGACAUAAGAAAAAAUCCCAGGAAGUUUGUUUGCCUGAAUGACAACAUUGACCACAAUCAUAAAGAUGCCCAGACAGUGAAGGCUGUUCUCAGGGACUUCUACGAAUCCAUGUUCCCCAUACCUUCCCAGUUUGAGCUGCCAAGAGAGUAUCGGAAUCGUUUCCUUCACAUGCAUGAGCUUCAGGAAUGGAGGGCUUACCGAGACAAAUUAAAGUUUUGGACCCAUUGUGUACUGGCAACGUUGAUUAUGUUUACUAUAUUCUCAUUUUUUGCUGAGCAGUUAAUCGCACUUAAGAAGAAGAUAUUCCCCAGAAGGAGGAUACACAAAGAAGCCAGUCCCAAUCGAAUCAGGGUAUAGAAGAUCUUCAUUUGAAAAUCAUCUACCUCAGCAUUUACUGAGCAUUUUAAAACUCAGCAUCACAGAGAUGUCUUUGUGAUGUGUUGUUUAUUAGCCAUCUUGGCCCGAAGAAGGAUAACAUCCAGUACCAUGCUGUUUUGUGUCAUGAAUAUAACCCCUUGACCAGGAAUCGUUCAACUGCCACACUGAAAACUUGUGUGUUGAGCAGCUCUGAACUAGUUUUACUUUUAAAGCAUUUGCUUGUGAACCUGUCAUCUUUUUUAUAAAAAGGCUAACUGACAAGAGACAGCUGCUAAUUUCCCAGAGCAACCAUUGUGGACUUACUUUAAUAUGAGAAGCCUAGGCCAGCUUAGGAGUGAUUACUAAGAGACCCCAGUCUUUGCAUUUCAAAGUCUUCUGCUAUAGUUUCAUGCUCCCCCCCAUUUCCCAUUUUUAAAUUAAGUAGUUACUAAGUUAAUUAAUUAUUCUUCUGAACAUAACGAAUUAUGAUGUCUAAACAUAUUUUUGUAGAUGUUAUUUAAAUAGUGCAGUGGUAUUGCCUCCUAUUGGCAAUAUCUAAAUUAUGGAUUUUAUUAAUGAUGAAGAUUGUACGUGGUCUUAAACCACUGAUAACUACUGAAGAGCUCAAUGACUGACAUCUGAAACACUCUGUGCUUGUUUACUUCAGCCCCCAGGAAUACUAUGAUUUCAUGUGCAAGCCUAAUUACAAAGGGCUAGAGUCAAGUAGCAGUGCUACUUACCAGAUGUAAUUAUGUUUUAGAAAUGUACAUAUUCAAACAGAAGUGCCUCGUUUUAGAAAUGAGUAUGCUGAUGGCACCAGCACAUUACAGUGGUGGUUUAAUACUUCGCAGUAUAUCAUAAUAGCUCUCUCUGUAAAAGCCCAGAUAGUAAAUAAUUGCAGGUCACAUGUAGUUCUGUCACACAUUAUUCUAUGUUUGGCUGUUCUUUUUUUUUGAAUGACUGUCUAAAAUAUGUAAAAAACAUGUUUAGCUUGCAGCUGUACAGAAACAGGCCACCAGCUAGAUUUGACUCACAAGCCAUUGUUUUCUGAUCACUGAGAUUCAUAUUUUUGUGUAUAGGUAAAUCCUGAUAUUCAGCCAUAUUCUGUUUAUGUCAUUAUAUAGUGGAUUGUGGAGACCAAAUCCCACAAGUCCUUUUUGAACUCUGAGAGGUACUUUAGAUCAUGAUUUCAACAGUAUUCUUUCAAAAUGGCACACAUCUUUGUAAAAAGAUCUUGAAGUGUAAA